UUGAUUGCGGCAGUGAAACAAUAAAUGAUUUCAUGUGCUCGGGAAAAUUAGUAGUUAAUGCUCAGGACGAUAAGAUUUUUAAAUUUUCGUACACACUUUUUCCUGAUGAAGGAAAGAGCACCGUUUCUCAAAUGAUUCAGAAAUAUGGAAUUCCUAUAAUCGAUGCAGACUUGUUGGCCCGUGAAGUAGUACAGCCAAAUAAACCGGCAUAUAAAUUAAUAGUCGACCAUUUUUCGAAAGAAAUUCUUCUUGAAGAUGGAACUUUAGACAGGGCCAAAUUAAGAAGCAUCAUUUUUUCUGAUGAAACUCAGAGAAAAAUUUUAAACAAAUUUACGCAUCCAUAUAUUAGACGAGAAAUACUGAAAUUAGUAAUUUGGUAUUGGUUUACUGGAAAAAAGGCC